GUAUUCCAAAAGCUGAUGCAGAUUGCAAAUAGUUCAAUGUUAUAGUGUAGAACAAAUAGUUUACAUGUGACUGAUCAAGGAAAGGCUAAUAAUAUCAAUGUUACAAGAUUGAUUUUAAUUGGUAUGAAGUCAAUCAUUAACAUUUCAAAAAAUUCGUGGAACAAGAAAAGAGAAUUCAAUGCGUCUAGAAAUGGAAUGGUGGAGGACUCGCAUGAAGUUUGGCAGGUCUCAAAAGAUGUUGCAAAAGAAAGAGAAGUUUCAUUAAGAACUUUUAACAAAAAGGAUGAUGGUUAUGCAUGGAUGAUUGUGUUAUGCUCUUUUAUGGCCCAUGUCUUCAUAGCUGGAAUCAUCUACACAGUUGGAGUGACAUUUGUCAUAUUUCUAGAUGAAUUUAAAGCUUCUGCAGGAAUGACAGCUUGGGUUGGAUCAUUAUGCAGAGCUUGUAUGAAUUUCAUAGCUCCAGUAGGCAGUAUGUUGACCAACAAAUAUGGCAGCAGGCCUGUAGUUAUCUUGGGUGGUGUUAUAUCUGCAAUUGGUCUUGGAACAAGUGCAUUUGCCACUAA